CUAACUUGAAAACCAGGCAAAGUGUCUUCUUCCUCUCCACCCAUCCAAAUUUGUGUUUGAGAGCUCACCCAAUUAGUUUGCAGUUGAAAAUGGAGGCAAACUGAGACCAGAAAUGGAGGAUGAACCGUGCUUCGAGUGCCUUCAGCGUCGAUUUCAAUCCGAUUUCUCCAACAAACUGAUAUUCUCCUAUGGCGUCUCCGAUUCUGGCCUCCCCUUCGGCUCUGGUGCCGUUGUUCAGAUGGCCGAUCCUAAUGGAGAGGCGGCGUCAGCUGAGUUCAUAUUGGUGUGUAUGCCCACUCAUGCUAACGAUUGCCUCGCCAAAUACGUUGAUGAGUAUUUUAUGGAAAAUCCUGAAGGCAGUUACAAGGAGGGGAUUGGUGACAUCAUUGUAUCAGAAAUAAAUCAACAUCAAGCAGAGGUUGGUGUUCCAAAUCUCACUGAUGAAACUGCUUCUUCAGAUUCUUUAUUGAACAGAUCUGAGUCUUUGUUGAAUGGUGAUAGAAAAAUAAUCCCGGCUGGAUUAAGGUCCAGAAGUUCUAAAUGUAACCAUUCCAGUAGGUUUUCUUGUUCAAGGAUGAUUAGCGCAUUGGCCCCAGUUGCUCGGAUUGGCAUUUGUUCAGACUUCAUAUUUGAAGAGCUUGCUUCCGACUUCUCAUCUGGGUCUGUGGAAGAUCAUGUAUUGUGCUCACUUAGCCUUCUGAUUGAAGGAAAAGCAACUGGUCGAGAUAGCAUAAACUUUCUUAAUUUAGUUGGCAUACCAUCAUUCAAUGAGGAUAUCUUCCCUGGUUGUCUGAGGCAUCCAAACAUAGCCCCCAUUCUUGGAAUGCUAAAAACAUCUGAUUAUGUUAAUUUAGUGCUUCCAAAAGCUCCUUAUACCUUAGAAAACAUUCUUCAUUAUAGCCCCAAUGCCUUAAAUUCCGAGUGGCAUAUGAAGUUUUUGAUUUAUCAGCUACUCUCUGCUCUAGCUUAUAUCCAUGGUUUAGGGGUUACCCAUGGCAAUAUAUGCCCAUCUAAUGUAAUGUUGACUGAUUCAUGCUGGUCUUGGCUGCGCAUUUGUGAUAACCCAUGGUUAAGGUCCAAUCUAAGUUCAGGAAAUGAAGAAUGUGCCAUUAUUUCCUCCUCAAGGUUGGGUUGUUUCAUUGCAGGCUGUCCUUCUCAAGAUCUUUAUGCUGAUUUGAAGCUUUCCCCAUCCAUAGAUUGGCAUUUGAAUUUUGAUCGGUGGUGGAGGGGAGAUCUAAGUAAUUUUGAGUAUCUACUCAUCUUAAACAGGUUAGCUGGGAGAAGGUGGGGAGAUCACACAUUCCAUACGGUAAUGCCAUGGGUAAUAGAUUUCAGCAUAAAACCUGAUGAGAAUGUUGAUGAAGGGUGGCGGGAUUUAAGCAAGAGCAAAUGGCGGUUGGCAAAAGGUGAUGAGCAAUUGGACUUCACGUAUUCAACUUCUGAAAUCCCACAUCAUGUAUCAGAUGAGUGCCUUUCUGAACUUGCUGUAUGUAGUUAUAAAGCAAGGAGGUUACCUUUGAGUGUUCUGCGUCUGGCUGUCCGUUCAGUCUAUGAGCCUAAUGAGUAUCCUUCCAAUAUGCAAAGACUUUAUCAAUGGACCCCAGAUGAAUGCAUCCCAGAGUUCUACUGUGAUCCUCAAAUUUUUCAUUCUCUGCACUCUGGUAUGGCUGAUUUAGCAGUACCCUCAUGGGCAAGAAGUCCUGAGGAAUUCAUUAAAGUGCAUCGAGAUGCGUUAGAAAGUGACCAAGUCUCAUGCCAAAUCCAUCAUUGGAUUGAUAUCACCUUUGGAUACAAAAUGUCCGGCCAGGCAGCUUUGGCUGCCAUGAAUGUUAUGCUGCCUUCAACAGAGCCCAUGAUGCCAAGGUCGGUGGGACGCCGCCAGCUCUUCACUCAACCUCACCCUACUCGUCGAUGUGCUACCUGGAAAACGGGUAAUAGCACCAAUAAAUUAGCUGUUCAUCAAUGCCAAGGGAGUGAAUUAGUGGGUGAGAAACCUCUCCUUCCUCAAACUGUGUAUUUACAAGACUUAGAAGAAGCAGCUGCAUUUUCUGAACAUGCUUGGCAUUUGAGUCCUCUCUAUUGCUAUCAUCCCAAAAAUCUUGCUGAUGAUGUCUCAUCUGUAGAAGAGCCACCAAGUGAGAGUUCUAAAAAAGGCAUAUCUAAGACACCUGAACUUGGCAACAAGAAUGGGGUCCCAUCUGAGAUUGAUUUAAAUUAUCUUCUUGAUUAUAUUGAAGUGGAUGAUGAAGGUUCUGUGGGAUAUCAAGAGUUAUUACUUUGGAGGCAGAAGUCAUAUUGUUCAAGGGCUCUUUCUGAAGAUGUUGCCAAGGACAUAUUUUCUGUUGGUUGCAUUUUAGCAGAACUUCACUUGAGGAGGCCACUUUUUGAUUCAACAUCACUAGCCAUGUACUUAGAGAAUGGCAUCUUACCUGGAUUAAUACAGGAACUUCCUCCUCACACUAAAGCACUUGUUGAAGCAUGCAUUCUGAAGGAUUGGAGAAGGAGGCCCUCUGCCAAAAGCCUUUUGGAAUCUCCAUACUUUCUCACAACAGUCAGGUCAUCCUACUUGUUUGUUGCCCCACUUCAGCUUUUAGCAAAAGAUGGAUCUCGUCUUCGAUAUGCUGCAAAUUUUGCAAAACAAGGAGCCUUGAAAGCAAUGGGAGCAUUUGGAGCUGAAAUGUGUGCUCCCUAUUGCUUGCCACUUGUGGUGGCUCCAUUAUCAGAUACUGAGGCCGAGUGGGCUUAUAUACUUCUAAAAGAGUUCUUAAAAUGUUUGAAGUCAAAAGCAGUAAAGUCAUUGGUCUUGCCUGCCAUCCAGAAGAUUCUACAGGCUACAGGUUAUUCACAUUUGAAAGUUUCUCUUCUCCAAGACUCAUUUGUGCGGGAGGUAUGGAACCGGGUUGGUAAACAAACAUAUCUGGAGAUGGUGCAUCCUUUGGUGAUAUCAAAUUUGUUUGUUGCUCCUCAUAAGAGUUCAGCUUCUGCUGCUUCUGUUCUGCUGAUUGGCUCUAGUGAAGAGCUUGGAGUACCGAUAACAGUUCAUCAGACAAUCUUGCCUCUGAUUCACUGUUUUGGGAAAGGACUCUGCACUGAUGGAAUUGAUGUGCUGGUUAGAAUAGGUGGACUUUUCGGGGAGAACUUCAUUGCCAGACAUAUUCUACCAUUGCUGAAAAACGUUGUCCGUUAUUGUAUUGAUGUUUCAUCUAUGAAUAAGCCUGAGCCUAUGCAGAGCUGGAGUGCUUUAGCCCUUAUUGAUUGUCUAAUGGCAUUCGAAGGUCUUGUUACAGUCUUGCCAAAGGAGGCAGUUGUAAAGGAGCUUACUGAAGAUCAAAGUUUUGUGCAUGUUAUGGUCCUUAUGCAGGCGAAUUUGGAAAUUCCAGUGCUCCAGGUUGCUGCUAACUAUCUUAUUGCACUCUGUCAGCGGAUUGGACCAGAUUUAACAGCCUUUCAUGUUCUGCCAAAACUCAAAGAGCUGUUUGAUGAGCUUGCUUUUUCUCAGGAAACUGCCAAUGGAUCUGGCUCUCUAGGAAGAGCCUUGAAGUUUGCCAAAUCAAAAGUAGAUGAGGAGGCUCACAUGGGAAGCCGUAUGGACCUUGUGUUGCUUUUAUAUCCUUCUUUUGCAUCUCUUCUUGGAAUAGAGAAACUUCGCCAGUGUUGUGCUACAUGGUUGCUUCUUGAACAAUACCUUCUACGCUGUCAUAAUUGGAAGUGGGAACAUACAGGUGAAUCAUCUCGAACUGGUGCAGAAAAUAUAAGUGCUAAUAGGCCCAUUUUCAGCAAAGGCUCUGUGUCCGAGUACAAUCCUGCUAAACUGUUGCUUAAUGGAGUUGGGUGGUCAAUACCACAGUCACAAGGAAUUAGAGGUGCUAAAAACUUGAUUGCUCAAAAAAGGUUUUAUAGUCUUCAUCAGGACCCAGUUCAAAGGCAUGCAGCAUCUUCAAGCAUUGGGAAGCGUGAACCCUGGUUCUGGUUCCCUAGUCCCGCUGCUAGCUGGGAUGGUCCUGAUUUUCUUGGUCGUGUAGGGGGUCUAAAAGAUGAACUUCCAUGGAAGAUCAGAGCCUCUGUUAUACACUCUGCACGUGCCCAUCAUGGAGCUCUGAGAUCUUUAGCUGUUUGCCAAGAUGAGUGUACAGUUUUCACUGCUGGAGUUGGCCCAGGAUUCAAGGGAACUAUUCAGAGGUGGGAAUUGACUGGAAUUGACUGCGUCUCUGGCUAUUAUGGCCAUGAGGAGGUUGUGAAUGAUAUUUGCAUCUUGUCAUCAAGCGGAAGGGUAGCUUCUUGUGAUGGAACAAUACAUAUUUGGAAUAGCCAAACAGGAAAGCUAAUAAAAGUAUUUUCUGAACCAUCAGCAGACUCUCUGCAUCUUGCAAGUCCUUUAUCUUCCGCAUCAAAGAUUAACAAUGACCAAGCCAAUAUGCUGAAUCCCAAUUCAUUGACAAGUGGGAUACUGACUAGUGCAUUUGAUGGAAGCUUGUACACUUGUAUGCAUCUCUUGGAAUCUGUUGAAAAGCUUGUAGUUGGAACAGGAAAUGGUUCUCUCAGAUUCAUUGAUGUUGUGCAAGGUCAAAAACUUCAUUUGUGGAGAAGUGAAUCUAUCGAUUCUGGGUUCCCUUCUUUCGUCUCUGCUGUUUGUUCAUGUGGAUCUGACAGAAUGCAAGUAGAUGGAGCUUCUGCUUUACCAUCUUGGAUUGCAGCUGGAUUUAGUUCUGGUAGUUGCAGGUUGCUUGAUGCGAGGAGUGGCAAUCUGAUUGCCUCUUGGCGUGCUCAUGAUGGAUAUAUCACAAAGUUGGCUGCACGGGAGGAUCAUCUGCUCGUGUCCAGCUCUCUUGAUAGGACUUUACGAAUUUGGGACCUCAGAAGGGGUUGGUCAGCAGAACCUAUCAUUUUCAGAGGUCAUACAGAUGGUGUAUCUGGAUUUUCUGUAUGGGGCCAAGAUAUAAUUUCAAUUUCCAAAAACAAGAUUGGACUCUCUUCUUUAUCCAGAUCUGCAGAUGAGGAAGGGCAGCAUUGGGUAACACCUCAGAAACUUUACAUGCCAGAUCGCGGAACAAGACACUUGUCAGUGCUAUCAAGUAUAAGCAUUCUGCCCUUCUCACGUUUAUUUCUUGUUGGAACUGAAGAUGGUUACCUGAGAAUCUGCUGUUAGAAAUGAAGCCAUGUUUUAUUUGUACAAGUUUGAUCAUGCUCUGGUGGUAUUCCCUCAACUGGCCCUUCCCACUUUCACUGUAAAUCCUGAACCCUUUUAUCUUUUCAUUUGGGUUUUCUUGGUGGGUGAUUUUUUUAACCUUUUCUUUUUCCUGAGAAAAUAUGGCAGGAAUAUUUUUUUAGUUUUUGUUAAUAUUAUAUAUUAUCAUUUUUCAUUAUAAUCAAACAAACAGGGCCCGAAAUUGAAAAGCUAAAA